AUGGAUUCGAUGGAUUUUAAGUUUUAGCAUAAAUUUUAAUAGUUACUUCAACUUAAGGAAAUUUAUUCAACUCGCUAAGUCUUGCCUGAAAGACUUCAGAGAUUAAAACUUGUUGACAUCAAUUUCCAAAUCAAAUACAUUAAAUAAAAACAACAAAAUAGAUUGAAUUAAAUUAUUAACAGUUCAAUUGUUUCUCAAAAUAAUCCUCAAAAGUAAACAACAACUCAAAGAAGUUUUUCUAAUUAAUUUAGUCAUCUUAAUAUUACUGAUUAAUAAAAUAUUUGUCUAAGUUGUGAAAAAUAUAUUUUUGAAAAGAAAGUAACUCUAUUUUGUCACAACAAAUUUCAUCAUAACUAUCACUCAAAUUGUUUAGCUACCUUAAUGAAAUAACAACUCGCCAAUUAAUGCAAUAUAUUUGAAUGCUUAUGCAAAAGCUAAAUCAGCAACGGACAAAUCUCUAGGUAAAAAAUAAUAGAAUUGGAUGUUUAUAUAAAUAGAUUAAUGUUAAAUUAGUUAUAUUAUUUAAAAUCCCGUUAUGAAAAUAUCAAAUAGUGUGCAAACAAAGAUUGUGAAUUUUUUUGGAUCAAUAAAAAACCAUAAAGAUAAGUCAAAUCGCGUUCAAACUCUCCAGUUAAAACUUAUAAAAUUACGUACACUAAUUAUUGUCCAGAUUGUAGAUUCUUAUGA